AUGGUUCUGCGAUUGUGGCAAGUGGAGCUAGGAACUGACGAUCUGGAUGCAUUCGGCAAAACUCUUGAGCAGAAGGAGCUCUCAGAUAUGGUUUCUGAAAGGAUCCACCGCCUCAUUUCAAGAUGUCUAGAUCCUGAGCAGAGAUGUCAGUUCGGUGUGGCCUCACGUAACGCAUUCAUCUUCCUCAGAGACACGGCUUUCUACCUGGAGUUGGCCAACGCUAUCAAGGUUGGAGAUGUGGGACGUAUUGAGAUCAACACCACAGGAAAAGCGGGUGGAUGGAUUCCCACGGAUUUAUAUCAGGAGCAUAACAACCUCUUGAUCAAGGUUGUGCAUUCAGCAAGGGCUAGCUCUACACCCUGGGAGACAAUGACGACCAAAAUUGCACCAAACAUCGAGAUUUUUUCAGAGGUCAAGAGAAUAAUUCCAGCAUUGUUCAAGGCUCCACGGAAUAAUAAUUGGCACAACCCCGUUCCAGUAGAUAUCGACAUCAACAAGGUCAUUGUGACGCUAAGGGAGUCUGGUAUCUUUGAAGCGGAGCAAGGCGACGAUGAUCUAGACUGCACGAUGGACACCAAACCAGUGAGAGAUCUCUUCGACAUUGGUAAUGAAAACAUAUGUUCACUUAAAAAGUUCCGUAUGUUCCGGGCUCGCAACCAAAACUCCAACAGCUAUCCGAGUUAUCAUACCUCAGAAUGUGGCAGUCCAUACAGUAGUAAUGAUGGACCACAGCAAUACAACAUCCUGCCAUAUUUACAGGAUAUCCAACAAGACGAACUCCCGGACAUGGAUACACAGAGCAUCUGCUCCAGCAACCCAAGCGAUCUGGACUGUGAUGAUGGCGCUACCUUUGAGAGCUAUAUUGCUACAAGCGAGGAGCUGGAACUAAGUGCUGUGGAGGAGUACUUAGAUCCUACUGAUAAUAACGAGGACCAAGUUGAUGAAGACUUUGAUGACCUUUGA